AUGACCGAUUUACUAAGAUCUCCUCUGUUUCCCGUUGAGGGGCUAUCUAAGGAGACAGUCAUCAAAUUACCAUCUCAACCAACUGCAGAAUCAGGCUCAGUGAAACUGUAUCUUAUACAGGCCGAACAAAACCUAUUCCUAGAAGGGUUUUCGGAGGAAGAAACCAAAGACAGACCUCCGACUAUUCUCCGGGGAUGCUUGUUUGUGAGGAUUUUAAGACCAGUGAAGAUCAAGUCAAUCUCUCUGAAACUGACCGCUGUCGCUCGAACGGAUUGGCCUGAAGGAAUUCCACCUAAACGAGUUGAGCAUGUUGAGCAAAAUACUUUGAUGCAGCACACCUGGCCCUUUUUCCAUCAUACUAACACAUAUGAGAAUACAGAGACAAGUCGAAGCAAUGCCGAUAUAUUCAUUCCUAAAAAUGAUUUGGAUUGCGAACCAUCCAAUUUUAGUCUCGACAAUAGUAUAUCUCCAGUUACUAGUGCGAUCGAUUCAUUGAGCGAAAUGAUGCCAGUUCGCUCACCAUCCCCACUGGCAAUGGUGUUGAAGGGAAAACGAUCGUCUUCGCCCCGCCCAAACUUGUUUGCUCAAAUAUCACAGCAAGACGGUCAAGACUUGACUCCUAUCAAAUCUACUAAUAGCAUUGACGACACAAAACUCUUUGUCCCUGGUGACUACAUUUACUCAUUCGAGCAUCCUAUUCCAGCAUCUUCACCAGAAUCCAUUCAGGUCACCUUUGGAUCUGUCCACUACAAUCUAGAAGCCUAUUUGGAAAGAAGUGGAACAUUUAAGUCAAGCCUCACCGCAAAAAAAACAGUCAAUAUAGUUAGAACUCCAUCUCAAGACUCAAGUGAGGAAAAUGAGCCGAUCGUCAUUAAUAGAGACUGGGAAGACCAAUUGAAUUAUGAAAUCGUGGUUUCGUCAAAACAAGUCCUCCUUAAUUCAUAUCUCCCGAUCAUCUUCAAACUCAGUCCACUAGACAAGAUCAAAAUACACAGGAUCAAGAUUUAUUUCACAGAACACUUGGAGUACUACUGCAAAAGCAAGCAUGUUCACAGGACAGAGCCUCCUCGUAAGUAUCUUCUUUUGGAACACAAAGCCACCAAUGAUGAAGAAAAUUUACUGUCCGUUGAUGGAGACGAGAUUUCAGCAAAAGAGCUGGAUUUCCAUGUAUAUGUUCCCGAGAGACUCGGAGAUAGGUACAGACUACAUCCUGACACGUAUUAUGAUGACAUUCAGUCUCAUCAUUGGAUUAAGAUCUGUAUCAGAAUAUCCAGAUCCGCUCCGACUGCUGAAGACCCAAAGAAAAGAAAACACUUUGAGCUUUCUAUUGAUUCUCCCAUCCACAUAUUGUCACCUUUAUGUGCACACGCAAAUACUUUGCUCCCUUCGUACGAGGCUCAGAUGGCCGAGAGCCCUCAAUUAGGAAGACAAUCAAUUGAUUUACUUCUUUCUCCAAGGAGCAGGGUUAACACAGAAUCGAAUCUGUAUCAACCGGAUGAUAGAACACCUUCAGAACUGAAAUCACCACAGGCAAAACCUUUUUCCCCACUAUCAUCUCCAGAAAUGACACCUUUGGGCUUGGAUCUAAGGAAUACUGGAUCAUUUGGACUAAUUCCUCAGAUGCUUCGCAAUUCUAGUUAUAACUCAAGUGGUUUGGGUUAUGAAGAGCCUCCUCCAAAUUUUGAGGAAACUGCAAGAGAUGUUCCUCCAACUUAUGACCAGGCAGUGAAGGAGAAGUCGAGAACGAGCAGAGAGAACAAUGAUGAAAGCGUGAAGAUCACGGAGCCAGUGAGAGAAGAGCGUAGAUCACGUUUGGAUAGAGAGACGGAAAGACAGGACCAAGAAGAAUCGGACUUGGGUGGAAACUUCAAGCUGGAAAUUAUUCCUAUCAGAUCUCGGUCAACAUCACGAAGCGCGGAUGGCGUGAGAUCAAGAUCGCCACCUCUGGACCCACAGUUUAGGGCCAAGUCCAAACUGAUCAGCUCCUCAUUGAUUCCAGGCCAUUUCUUGGGCAAUUCGAAUUCAUCUCAGGGAAUGGAUGACACCCUUACCCAAGCUUUCGAGAACGAGAACACCAUUCCGGAAAGUCCGUCUAAACCUAUGAAUAUUCCAAUUGCCUCCAGCCAAAUGCCCGGUAACGAAUUAGAGACCAAUUUCUUGGAGCCGACCAGCUCCACGAUUGAUUCUAAUAUGAAUUCACCAAGUCGUUACUCUACUAGAUCAUCUAUCAACUCAUUUACAGGGUCUCUCAUUUCUGAAGAUCCUGCCACAAGGAAACCUUUGUUGAGCAAAGAAAUAACAAAUAUCUAUUCAGGUGAAAACCCUAGUGCUCUUUUCAAGUCUGCCCCAGACAACGGUAGCUCAGUGGAUAUUACGGCAAUGCUUGGGUCUUCUGUCUCAAACAAUUUUGAUUACGGCUCUGCAACAGAUGCUAGCUGGCAUCCAUUCGAUCUUACCAGUACUUUUGGAAACGUCUCUCAACCUCAUAUAACCCAUAACAAUAGGACUGUUCGAAGAAUGGGACCUCCAAAGAUUUCGAGCAGAAACGGCGAUUACAGCGGCACAGAUUAUCAGGAUCAUAAUACAGACUACAGGAAUGCAGGAAGACAUUUAAGUUUUGGAGUGGAACCUGUGCUGUCAGUUCUCGCUGCAACCGGGCUACAUGACGAAGUUUCAACCAAUGAAAAGCAUGCUGGAUCACAAAGUGUCCGGAAUAGUGAGAGUGCAAUUGAAGAAUAA